AUGGAAGUUAAGUUGAAUGAUGUAGUAAUGGUUUAUGGGUACAGAGGUAUAGUAAAACAUAUAUCCCCCGAAAAGCCCACUAUAAUUGGCAUUGAACUUUACAAAUUGACAUCUGGAAACUUGUAUGGAAUUUAUGAUGAAAAAUGCUUAUUACAGUGCAAACCAUAUUCGACCGUUUACUGCCCUCCGACAUCCAUUAUGAAAUAUACAAAUGAAGAUGCUGCAGCUAUACUGAUCCAAAGGUUUAUUCGUGGUUUCAUCACGAGAAUAUUUUGCCUAAAGCUCGUGACUUUCUACUUCAUGAAUGAACUGGAAAAUUAUCAUGAACAGUGCACAUUGAAGAAUUAUAAGGAAAUAGCCAUUCCAUUCAUCCAUGACAUAAGGAGGAGGAUUGGUUCUGAUACAUUUAAUGGCAUUUCUCUGGACACUGAUAAAUCGGUAUCUCCUAUUGACCUUAACACCAAUCAGGAUUUUAACAUCAUGGAUUUGAAUAUCCCAUUGCAAGAAGAUUCGAUUCCAUAUGGUUACAAUGGCCCUAGGCUGGGAAAUAAAGUGACUAUGAAAUUUGCUUUGGAACUUCUUGAUUGUUACCUAAGGGGGGUAAUGCUUGAAUUACCUAUUGAAUAUGCACAAAAGAUUCUAUUUGAUACGGCUCAACUAAUGGAAAAAUUAUACGAAGGAUCGCUAGUCAGACUCAGUGUAUCGAAUAACGAAUGCUCAAAAUUGAUAAUUGUCGGUGAUACACAUGGGCAAUUGCAGGAUGUUUUGUGGAUUUUUUACAAGUUAGGCCCUCCAUCUGCCAAAAAUGUUUAUCUAUUCAAUGGAGAUAUAGCGGAUCGUGGCCCAUAUUCAUCCAAUAUAUUCUUGUUGCUGUUUGCUUUCAAAUUGGCAUGUCCAGAAUCUGUACAUAUAAACAGGGGAAAUCAUGAAUCAGAGGAUAUGAACGAAAUGUAUGGGUUUGCGAAGGAGGUUAGGUCUAAGUACGACGGUAAUAUUUACCGUCUUUUCCAAAACAUUUUUUGGUUAUUGCCUCUGGCCACCGUUAUUGAAAAUAGGGUAAUAGUUCUACAUGGUGGCCUAUUUAGAUACCCAGGGGUUACUUUAGAACAUAUAAAUAACGUAAAUAGGAAACGAACCUGCCCUGCAACCCCGGAUACUUUUGGCGACAGCAUAAUAUUUGACAUUUUGUGGUCGGAUCCCGCGCCAGAGAUUGGAAUUGGGAGGAACUCCAGGGGAAUUGAUUGUAUCACAUUUGGCCCCGAUGUUACAAAAGAAUUUUUGAAUACUAAUAAUCUAGAAAUAUGUAUUAGGUCUCAUCAGGUCCCAUCUAAUCUUAAAGGAUUUGAAGCUAACCACGACGGUACAUGCUUCACCCUCUUCUCCGCAUCAAACUAUCGUGGCAUAACUCAAAAUUAUGGCGCUGUUUUCAUUUUCGGUCCAAACAUGAGUUUUGAAGCAGAGGAAUUUAUGGCACCCUCCCUGGAAACAAUUCACAAACAAACAUCAAACACGCACAACAUCACUGAAAGGAUUUUGUCCACUGCUAAAGCUAAGGAAAUUGAGAGAAUAUCACCAUCUAAUCCUAACAUUACUCAAGAAUGUGUGCGUGAUAUUAUAAAAAAGAUUAGUGAAUAUGUUUGCAUACAUAAGCAUCAUUUGUGGGAGUAUUUCUACACAAAUGUGCAAGGGAUUUUCAUAACUCCAAAAAUGUGGAGAGAGGCGCUGGAAAGUGUUACUGACAUUAAACUCCCUUGGAUAUUCGGCACUAGGCUCCUUAAGGCCAUUGAUGAGAAUGGAUUAAUUGACUACAACAAGAUACUGCGUCGGUUUGUCAUUGGGUUUUACCCCAAAGCUAAAUUGCAUUCCAAUUUGCAAAGGGAGUGUCUUAGUCAAGUUUUUGAGACCAUUUUGCGUAGUGACUUGAGUUUGAAAGAGACGCUCUUAGUAUUUGACAGGAAUCUAGAUGGCGCCGUCUCAUAUUCUGAAUUAGACGAGAUAAUAAGGAAAUUUAAUUUCGGCUUGUCUAACCCACAGGUAAAGAUCCUGAUGAGAACAAUCCUAAGCUCUUGCAUUCAGGAGGGGUGUAGAGGGGAUGCAGAUGUAGCAGAGUUUCUGGGUAAAUUAAAGGUUAUUUACUCCAAAAGUAUUAACUAUAAUGUUGAAGAGGAAUGGAUGAUCAAAGCAUUGCCAGAAAUAGGAAGGGCGUUAUUGUCUGAUAAAGUGGAAACAGCCGAGCGAUAUUACAACCCUUGUGACCUAAAAACUGCAAUAAAUAAGGCAAUUUCUAACAGUAUAGACAUAACAAGACGACGAUCUUCUGCCAUUAGGGCUGUUGCACUUUGUCAAAAAUUUCAGGACUUUGACGAGAUAGAAAGCGGGUUCCUAUCGUAUGAUAGUUUCGUCAGUGCUAUUAUGAGAUUAGAUCUCUCAGGGGUUGAGAAGGAAGUCGGAUUUAAGGUCACCGAGAAACACAUUCUAAAGAUUGCUAAAAUGAUCGAUGUGUCGAAUUCCAAUAAAAUUAACUACUUGGAAUUCCUACAGGCUUUUUACGUUGUAGACAGGAGUAAAUAUGCAGUUGCAGAUGAGUUAUGGAGUCAUAUUUGCAGUUGUUUAUAUAAACAUCACUGCAGUAUAAGGCAUGCGCUGCAUUCAUACGACUUUAAGAGAAGUGGAAAAGUCCACACCAUUGAAUUUAAGGAGACACUACACAGCUUAAAUUCCAUUUUAGGUGAUAAUGACGCGCUGUUUACUCAUGAACAAAUUGAUCUACUUGUGGAUUGCAUUGACACUGAUAGUGAGGGGUUGAUUGAUUAUAAUGAUUUUUUGGAUUCAUUUCAACCGACAUACAAGGUGGACGAGACAAACGUUGAUUGA